AUGUAUGCAGCUUCUUCACUGAAAUCUGGAAAUGUUCUUCAAACCCAUAUUUGCAAAUUGAAUCAAUCCCCUUGGGACGUGAUGAGCUUUUCUCCAUCAUCAUAUCCUCCGCCACCACCUCCUCCACCGUCGUUCAAGGUCAAUGGAACUGAUAAUUUAGCGGGAAAUGGAAGCUUGGGAGAACCUAAUGCAGCUUUUCAUAGUGCUGCAUCACUGAAAAUUGCCGCGGAGAAUGAACUGACUGGAGAGAUCAAAGCUGUAAAAUGGGAUAAUUCCAAUGGCGAAGGCGAUGGCGGCAAUCUGAGAAGCUCUGCCCAUGAGGACUCGGAGGAAGGGCCUGAGAAUCCCGGGUUAAAGAAGGAAAUGCAGAUUGUAUAUUGUGUCAAGACUGAUGGGAAAGCAUGGAAAUGCAAGAGGGAGGCGGCCGAAGGGAACUCUUUGUGCAAGCACCACUUAUCUCAAGUGCGAAACUGCAACUUGUCUCUUCCAGCAGCAAAGAAACAAGAUAAAGUGGUGGCUGACUCUCCGCUCAAGCCACUGGGCGAGAAGGCAGCUUCAACGUCAAAUUCGAAUGAAUUUUACUACUAUUCAGGUUUUGGACCGCGUUGGGGCAAGAAAAGAGGCGAGAACAAUCGAGUUAGUAGUAGUACUCUAGUAGAGCAAGAAUGUGAAACGAUAUCAUCCACAUUCUCUGAAAUUGACAAAGAGAAAUUCGAGAUCGAGUAUGAGGAAGACAAGGAGGGUGAUGAGAGUAGGAGGAAAAGAGCUCGAAAGCCAAUUAAAUAA